ACUCGUGAGAUAUUCACGUGUGAAGUGACCGGUGUGAACGUUCCAUCGUUGUGAUUGCUGUUCUUUGUCUCAGUAAAACAAUAAGUGCUUUGCAUGAGCAAAAGUACAACAUUUAUAAUACCUUAAUUGUUACAUCUUACUUUUAUGCAACGUAAAAUAAUCAACCAUGGUGCGUAUGAAUGUGCUCAGUGAUGCUCUGAAAUCCAUUAAUAAUGCCGAGAAACGCGGCAAACGGCAGGUGUUAUUACGACCCUGCUCCAAAGUAAUCGUCAAAUUCCUGACUGUUAUGAUGAAGCAUGGUUACAUCGGAGAAUUCGAGAUCGUUGAUGAUCAUCGCAGUGGGAAAGUGGUGGUGAACCUUACAGGAAGGUUAAACAAAUGUGGUGUUAUUUCGCCUAGAUUUGAUGUGCCCAUCAAUGACAUUGAGAAAUGGACCAACAAUCUUCUCCCUUCUCGACAAUUUGGUUUUGUCGUGCUGACUACUAGUGGAGGAAUCAUGGAUCAUGAAGAAGCCAGAAGAAAACAUCUGGGAGGAAAAAUACUUGGAUUUUUCUUCUAACUUUUUAUUUAAUUAAAUAAAGACUACGAUAAAACAGUA